UUUAAUAUUUUAGUUUACAUUUAUUACUUAAGAAGCUAAUAUUUAAUAUUUUAGUUUUAGAUGAACAUUAUCUAAUAAUGUUUUUAGAUCAUUUACUAUUUCACGCUUCCAUUUAAUAUUUGCAUGAAGGUAGUUGUACCUACCACAUUUCGCUCUUGCCUUUAUAAACAAGACAUUUGUACAUUGUAAUCUAUCACAAUCUCAGGGAAAAGUUCUGUAUUCUUUGGGUGAAAGUUUAUUGCAGAUAGUGAUACUGACUUGGGAGGUUUUCCUCAACUAUGACGUCUGGCACUGUUUUUUCAGUAUUUAUUUCCUUCAUAUUUAUACCCUUGAUAUUGGCGGCUGAUUUGAACGAUGAUACCAUCAAUGGGCUGUCUAAGCUGCAAACUAUGACCAUUGAUGAGUACAUAAAUUACAUCAAUCCUCCAGCGGUUCAUAAAUUUCAGAACGGCAAUGGAGAAAAAGUACUUUGUGUAAAAUAUGAAGACCAGAUAUCCCUUCAAUCGGGAAACACUAGCAAAGGUUCAAGGGAUAAUUUUGCGUACAAAAAUUCGUCGGCAGAAGAGUGCCCAGAGGGAAGUGUGCCCAUCGUGGAGAUCACACGUGAACGUGUUGAAAGAGCAGGAUCUCUGAGACAAUACUUAAAUACAGGAUUGCACGAUAACACACAGAAAACUCAUGAAGAAGCGAAGAGCGCAGUAGCAUUUAUAAGUCCAAGGGGAAGCCAGGAGAUCCAUGAGAUCAAAGCUUCUUUCAAUGUAUGGCAACCUUCCGUGGACACCAGUAAUUCAGUUUUUAGCGCCGCUAUAUUGCGUCUUCUCCAUGAGAAUCCUGAUGAGUCAAUAAACGAAGCAAUGGAAGCUGGAUGGAUGGUUUACCCCAGUCGCUAUGGUAGUCCACGCGUUACAUUUUAUGUUGCCCAUAGGGUUUUCCGUAAGGGCGAGGAAAAAGACUGCAUCGACCUAUCUUGUAAAGAUUUUAUUCAAGAAGGAAAAGAAUACUAUCCAGGAAUGCCAAUUCCUGGUAUUUCUGCAUAUGAUGGUACACAGAUGGACAGCACCAUAAGCAUAAGAAGAGAAACCAGGGGUAAUAAUGCAAACAAUCUAGUGUGGGCAGUAUAUUUACAAGACAAGUUAGUGGGUCAUUGGCCUGCAAUUCUUUUCCACGACUUGACAUUUUAUGGGAAUUUGGCCCAAAUUGGAGGACAAGUAGUGAUAAGAUCUGGCAAGCGAGGAACUCCGUUUCCCAAGACGGAAAUGGGUAGUGGAGACUUCGCUAGAAAAGGUUUUAAGAAAGCAGCUUUUGUCAGGAACAUACGAUUGUUUACUAAUAAUGGUGCUCUUAUAACUGAUAGAAAAACGAAUUACUUCCUAAGUAAAAGACAUUGUUAUGGUAUAAAAGGAUAUGUGAAACAAGAUGACUAUUGGGGGCAUCAUAUAUAUUAUGGCGGUCCUGGAGGUAAUGCUGGUUAUUGUACGUAUUGAAAUACUUUUGCCCCAAAGCAUGAAUGAUAUGAAGCCGAGUGUGUGAGCUGCACAGCAGCAGAGAAAUAAAAUAUAUGCACUUAAAUGUACUUUCUGGUGUAUUUGAAUCGUGUAUCUUUUUCUUCGAA